UACAUUUCCCUAAUUGGUCUGGUUUACCAAAAAGGGGAUGUUACAUCUAGAUUCUCUUCUAAAAUUCUUUCUCCUUUCAUAAGUGGAAAUGUACUUCUAUUCAUACUGAUGGAUGGAAAUAGUAUAAUGACUAUUGACCAACCCUAAGUGGUUUCAGGCUGCCCAGAUUGCUGUUAGAGAGUAUAUCAUCAGCACAUUUUCACAUCUUCUACAAGAUAUAUCAGAUGCUGUUAUGAAGGUCAAUAGUAGACAAAAAGACGAAGUGGAAGAGUACUCAUUGCAAGCUGCCCUGGAAGGAAGCAAAAAAGUGGUGCUUCAAGGCAGCAUGGAUGUAUUACUGGAAAUAGCAGCUUCCUUUUCUGGUGGUGGUGUUCGAGGCUAUGAAAAUGGUCCUGCUUUUGUUCCUGGAGUGAUAUGUCGAAUAUUUGGCUCAGCUGGUGAAAAGCUUCUGCAUCAUCAUAAGGAGCCCCAGGAAGUUCAUAUGUUCGUUGAUCUAUUUCUUCAAGAGGUAAAGCAAAUUUUACCCCAAGGAUACCUCCGUAAGCAUAGGUGUUCUGACAGCAAUGGAAACACAACAUCAUCUCGCAGCAAUCCACUACGAGAUGAUAAAAUGAGUAGGUCAAACACCCAAGGAGCAAGGAGCCAGCUUUUAGAAACACAUCUUGCAAAACUGUUUAAGCAGAAGGUUGAAAUAUUUACCAAAGUUGAAUUUACACAGGAAUAUGUUGUGACAACUAUUGUAAAACUUUGCCUGAAAAGCUUGCAACAAUUUGUUCGACUUCAGACCAUUAAUCGAAGUGGAUUUCAGCAAAUUCAGUUGGAUAUUCAAUUCUUAAGGACACCUUUGAAGGAAACUGCUGAAGAUGAGGCAGCCAUUGACUUUUUACUUGAUGAAGUGAUUGUUGCCGCUUCAGAGCGUUGUCUUGACCCUAUUCCUUUGGAGCCUCCUAUUUUGGACAAACUUAUCCAAGCUAAAUUAGCAAAAUCAAAGUAGCAGAAUAUGGCGCUCCCAUGAACAUUGAAAGAUGAAAUUAGUCAUUUGACUCUGCAUUAUUAUUCUGUUUCUUGGACAAUAUUUUCCAGAUGAUCUCAUCGGACCUCCAAGAUGAAAUUAAUUCUCAGACUUCAUCCGAGACCCGAGCUAACCCUACCACUCACAUCCAAAUCCGCGGUGCGAAUUCUGUUUAAUCAGAUGAUUAUUUUCAUAAUAAUUGAUUCAGAAUACUGUUACAAAUUUGUUAUGGCUCUGCUGGUCAUUUCAUGGAACUUCACAAUGUAGAGAACUUUAGUUGCGUUUGUUAUGGAAUAAAAUGGUAUCUCUUUU